AUGUCAUCCGCACCAGCACCUUCGUUUGAUGGCAUUGGUAUCGCCAACCUCCCCAACCAGAGGCACAAAAUCGUUGCCAAACAUGGUGCACACUUCACCAUGAUGGUUGUUGGCGAGUCGGGUCUCGGGAAGACGACUUUAGUGAACACGCUUUUCACGACCGAGUUGUCUCCUCCUAGAAACUACAGCAGGCGGCACCACAAACAGCUCGACAAGCUAACUGAAGUCGAAAUCAUUAAGGCUGAGCUUGAGGAAAAGCAGUUCAAGGUCAAACUCACCGUUAUCGACACCCCCGGUUUUGGUGACUAUGUCAACAACCGCGAUUCCUGGUCACCAAUUGUUGACUUCAUUGAUGACCAACAUGAGGCAUACAUGCGCCAGGAACAGCAGCCCCAGCGCCACGAAAAGAUUGACCUCAGAGUUCACGCUUGCCUCUACUUCAUCCGGCCCACUGGGCACACCCUGAAGCCGCUAGAUAUCGAGAUUAUGAAGCGCCUCGGCACUCGUGUGAAUCUCAUCCCCGUCGUUGCGAAAGCAGACACCCUCACGCAAAAUGAUCUGUUCCUCUUCAAACAACGCGUCCGGGAAGUUAUCGCCGCCCAGGGAAUUCGCAUUUACCAACCCCCCGUUGAAACCGAUGACGAGACUGCUGCCGAACAUGCGCGCAUGCUCACUGAUGCCAUCCCCUUUUCGAUCAUUGGCUCAACUGAAGAUGUCCAGACCCCUGAUGGUCGCCUGGUCAAGGGUCGCGAGUACCUUUGGGGUGUUGCUGAAGUUGAGAAUGAAAACCACUGUGAUUUCCGCAAGUUGCGCUCCCUACUUAUCCGCACUCACAUGCUCGACCUCAUUUCGACCACGGAGGAGUUGCACUACGAGAACUACAGGCAGCAACAGAUGGAGACGAGGAAGUUUGGGGAGCCCAAGGUCAAGAAAGUGGACAACCCUAAGUUCAAGGAGGAGGAAGAGUUACUCAGGAAGCGCUUUACCGAACAGGUCAAAGCCGAAGAAGCCCGCUUCAGACAAUGGGAGCAACACCUUAUCGCCGAACGGGACCGUCUCAACAAAGACUUGGAGAUGGCACACAGUGCCAUUAAGUCGCUGGAGGCCGAGCUCGACAACCUCCAAGCUGGCUAUGGUCGCGGCAGCGCCAGGCGGUGA